AUGAAGGGCCAUGCCCUGCCCAGCCCAUUCCACCCGCCCUCCGCAACCACUGACCCGCCAACGCAGUACCGCCUCUCCUUCAUCUUCGGGCCCCAAUACCCAAUUGAAGCCCCCGAAGUCUCCUUCAUCAAAGUCGCUCCCUCCAGCACCCCACAACAGCAGCAUCAGCCACCGUCAAACACCGCCUCCAACCCCAUAGACCUGACAUCCGACUCCCAACCACCAGCACCUCCUCCCGCGACUCCCGACAACGGCGCCCGCCCCAUCCCCAUCCACCCCCACAUCUAUACCAACGGCAUCAUCUGCCUCGACCUCCUCGGCUCCGCCGGCUGGUCCCCCGUCCAGAGCGUCGAGAGCGUCUGCAUGUCCAUCCAGAGCAUGCUGACCGGCAACACCAAGAACGUGCGGCCCGAGGGCGACGAUGCCUUUUGCCAGAGCAUGGGCGUGCGCGGGCCGAACGGCUGGAGCAGCAGUAGCGGCGGUAGAGGAUGGGGCGGCGGUGGCGGCCGAGGCUUGCGAGAUGUCCGCUUUGCGUAUGACGAUGAUACGGUCUGA